CGUGGUUGAAAGUGAGGUGUGCGCCGCAUGCGUUGCGGACACUUAGCAAUGCCAAAAUUGAGAUUCCGCGAGUGUCAUAUGUAAAAAGGUGUAGAAGGGAAUUAAGUUACUUCAAGUGCAAUCACGCAAGGUACAUGUCAACAUGUGAGGAAAGCAAGCCGCACUGUAAUAUGGGUACGAUUGGUCAUGUAGAUCAUGGGAAGACAACUCUUACAGCGGCUAUAACUAAAGUCUUGGCAGAGCAAGGCAGUGGCGGCACUAAGUUUGUGUCUUAUGACCAGAUUGAUAAAGCUCCUCAAGAGAAGGCAAGAGGAAUUACAAUAAAUUCUACAUACGUCCAUUAUGAGACUGAAUUUCGACAUUACGCCCACACUGAUUGCCCUGGACACAUUGACUAUGUUAAAAAUAUGAUUACAGGAACUUCUCAAAUGGAAGGGGCAAUUCUCGUGGUAGCUGCAACUGAUGGCACUAUGCCGCAGACAAGGGAACAUGUGCUCCUAGCAAAACAAAUAGGUGUUGACCAUAUUGUGGUCUAUAUUAACAAAGCCGAUGUCGCAGACAAGGAGCUGUUGGAAUUAGUAGAACUGGAAGUAAGGGACUUGUUGACAGAGUAUGGUUUUGAUGGAGAUGCGGUGCCUGUUAUAUAUGGAUCUGCACUGAAAGCAUUAAAUGGGGAUGAGAGCGACAUUGGCAAGCCAUCCAUACUCAGACUUAUGAAGGCUGUGGACAGCUUCGUGCCUACUCCCACGAGGAAUGUAUCUGGGCCUUUCAUUUUGCCGGUGAAAUCUCUGCUUAACGUACCUGGCAGGGGGACUGUGGCUAUUGGCACCCUUCUUCAGGGAAGCAUAACCAAAGGAGCAGAGGCGAGUCUUCUUGGAUUUGGAAAUGAAAUUCGGACAUUUAUAGCUGAUCUCCAGGUCUUUAAGAAAUCUGUGAAUAGCUGUCAAGCAGGAGACAACCUGGGUGCUUUGUUGAGGAAUGUUAAAAUGGAAAUGGUACUCAGGGGCAUGUUUGUUGUACCACCGGGCUCUUUUAAACAAACCGACUGUUUCCAGGCGAAGAUCUAUAUCUUGACUAAGUCAGAGGGUGGUCGUAGCAAACCCCUGACAGACAAUUACAUUCAGAUGAUUUUCUGCAACACCUGGAAUAUUGCUUGCUGCUUGAAGUUGCCGUCUGAUAAGAGCAUGUUGAUGCCUGGUGAUACGACUACUACAAACAUUUUACUCAGAAAGCCAAUGUUGGUUAUGCCUGGUCAAAGGUUUACAAUCCGUGAAAAUCAGAUCACGGCCAUUACUGGAAUCGUUACAAAACUGUUACCUAAAACAAAUGAGGAGAUUGUAGGUUUUAACUACAGUCGUCCGCAAACGUAUCGCGUGGAAGGAAAUGCUUGGCUAGUACAGAAAAAAAGAGGAGCCAGGUAGUCUUAAAGAACACUGGUUACUUAGGACUUUGACAAGUUCCCUUUAUUUGCAUGAAGAUUUUUCAGACCUUGUCUCAGUCACGUGUAUAAGUGACACUGUGUAUAAAUGCAUGUUGUCCAGCUAAUUAUCAUGAAUUGAAAGCCCUUAGAAAACAGAAUAAAAUAAAACAUAGUCAAGUAAAUCUGUUUUGCAGAUUUUUAUACACCCUCACCAUUAGGUAUAUUAUGUUAUAUAGCGAUUUUG